CGCGCUGGGAGAGAGGAGAGGGCUUGGGGAAAGACUCGGUCAGGAUUGUGGGAAGGAACAGAAACAGCCUCCUCAACAUCACCAGCAAGCUCCAGACGUCCAGCAAGCAGCACACUAGCACCACCUCCAACACCAUCACCAUCACCAUCGCCGCUCCACCGGGUCCCUCUCCGCUCACCGGCACCUCGCAGAGAGCAGAGAGACCAGGCGAAGCGUCCUCGCCGCCUCCUGAGCAGACACUGUCCGAUCAGAGAGGGAAGGAGACACAGAGAGGGAGGGAGAAAGAGUCAGAGUCAGAGAGAGAGGGAGAGAGAGAGAGUGUAGUUGUCUCUGACAUUAUAGAGACUCCUACCACGUACUGUAGGUUACUUUUUUUUUCCUCCCGGCGACGUCCUCAGCUAAGUUGCGCUCCUGGAUUUUAAGUGCGUCUUGGCGAAGUCCGUCCCCAUCAAGCAGCAAGCUUCAGCCUUCCUGUCAAUCGGCCGGACCAAACAACCGGCGGAGCGCUUGUUGUAUCUUUCACUUCAACCCGGGCAAGAUUUCACGCGAAAUAAAGUACAGAUGCUGGAAUCUUUGAGUUGAUUGGAACAAAUAGAAAGCAGAAAAAAAAGACAGAUAAAGGAAGAGCAGAAGAGUGAAGAGAAAGAAGAAGAAAGACGAGAGAGAAGAAAGCAUAAAGUUCUUUAGAAAGAGGAGAGAAAGAAAGAGACGGGGACGAUGGGGAGGAAAAAGAUUCAGAUCACGCGGAUUAUGGAUGAACGCAACAGACAGGUGACAUUUACGAAGCGAAAGUUUGGCCUGAUGAAGAAGGCGUAUGAGCUGAGUGUGCUGUGUGACUGUGAGAUCGCCCUGAUCAUCUUCAAUAGCACCAACAAGCUGUUCCAGUACGCCAGCACAGACAUGGACAAGGUCCUGCUUAAAUACACCGAGUACAACGAGCCCCACGAGAGCAGGACCAACUCUGAUAUUGUGGAGACAUUGAGAAAGAAGGGCCUAAACGGCUGUGACAGCCCAGACCCCGACGCAGACGACUCGGUCGGCCACAGCCCCGAGUCCGAGGACAAGUACAGGAAAAUAAACGAGGACAUUGAUCUGAUGAUCAGCAGACAGAGACUGUGUCAGGCCGUGCCCCCAUCAAACUAUGACAUGCCUGUGUCCAUUCCCGUUAGCAACCAGAACAAUCUCAUUUACAGCCAUCCAGGUGGUUCCCUAGGCAACCACAACCUGUUGCCACUGGCGCACCAUGGCCUACAGAGAAACAGCAUGUCUCCCGGAGUCACACACAGACCCCCCAGUGCAGGUAACACAGGUGGCCUCAUGGGUGCUGACCUCACCACUGGCGCAGGCACCAGUGCUGGAAACGGAUAUGGGAACCACCGCAAUUCGCCAGGUUUGCUGGUCUCUCCAGGUGGCAUGAACAAGAACAUGCAGGCAAAGUCUCCCCCACCCAUGAACUUAGGCAUGAACAACCGCAAACCUGACCUACGUGUGCUCAUCCCCCCUGGCGCCAAGAACAACAUGCCCUCCAUCAACCAGAGAAUAAACAACUCCCAGUCUGCUCAGUCAUUGGCCACCCCAGUGGUAUCAGUAGCAACUCCCACUCUACCAGGACAAGGCAUGGGCGGUUACCCAUCUGCCAUCUCUACUUCAUAUGGUACCGAGUAUUCCCUGAAUAGUGCAGACCUGUCCUCCCUGUCGGGCUUCAACAGCGGCAGCUCCCUUCACCUCGGCUCAAUGAGCGGGUGGCAACAGCAGCACCUUCAGAACAUGCAGCAUUCAGCCCUCGGCCAGCUAGGAAAUUGCUCUAGCUCUCACUUAUGUCAGGGUUCAAAUCUCUCCCUGCCCUCUGCUCAAAGCCUGCACAUCAAGUCCGAACCUGUUUCUCCUCCUAGAGAUCGCACCAGCAGCACACCGGGGGGCUACGGUGGAGUACCACCUCCCCAGAACCCCUCGUCCCGCCAGGACUCGGGACGCUCCCCUGUUGAUAGCCUGAGCAGUUGUAGCAGCUCCCACGAGGGCAGCGACCGCGAUGAGCACAGGAAUGAGUUCCACUCACCUCUGGGACUGGCCCGGCCCGCCCUGGACGAGCGCGAGAGCCCCUCCAUCAAACGGGUGCGCCUGUCAGAAGGAUGGGCGACAUGAUAGCUCUGUCCUCUUCCCGGCAGUGCCCCGAGUUGCCCUGAGCCCCCCCCCCCCCUCCCCGACAACGCAGCGUUAUGAUGCCCACCCGAGUCAGCUCCCUCCUCUUCCUCCUCUCACUCGAUAUCACGAGUCACUCACCACCCAACCCCAUGGCCUCUCUCCUUUUUAUCUCUUUAACGCUGAAGGAAAGAAAAGGGACAGCCCUUUUCGAAAAUAUGUUUGUAAUUUCUUUUCCUUUUAUUAUUUCCUUUUUUUCUUUUUGCUGAGUGUGUGUGCUAUACAUAUUGACAUUAUUAUAAACCAGUGGGGUGUUGUAAUGGGGGUUUGGGAGGGUGGGUGUUGGUUGGGAUGGGAUCCAGGGGUAUUUUUGUUGGGGAACUAUGCAUAAAUUGUAUUGUGUGUGGAUAAAAAGAAUCACGUAUGCAUAUAUCUUUACACGUGUGUGUAUGUGUACAUAUAUGCAUAUCAACAAAUAAACAAAAAAAAAAUAGUCAGGUACUCUGUUUCAUAAAACGUACUUACACUUUGCCUCAGCGAUAUAUCAGUGACUAGAGACAAGAAAAAGAAAAAAAAAAACAAAAAACAUUAACAUGAGAGUGAGUGUGUCCAAUGGAAAACACCUUAGCACUUGAGUUGGACAAACAAUACAUGUGUACAGUGUCGGUUUCAUUGCUAUAUACCUUCUCUGCAGUUCUCCCUUGCAAAAAUGUGUGUUAACAUUAGAUGAUGUCAUGUUGCAGGUUCAACGUAUUUAUGUAAAUAGAGGGUCAAGGGGGGAAGGGGCAGGGGUCAAAAGUUGCCAGACAUUACAAGAUUUAUUUACUCACUAAAUGAAAAAGCUAUUAUGCAACAUUUGAAGGAUUGUACAGGUAAACAGGCAGACCCAAUGCUAGACGUGUGGAACCUUUGAUGACGUUAGCGCUCCCCUUAAAGAACGGAGCCGAGCGAGGACCACCCUUUGAUCUAAGAGCUACGUUAGUGUAAUCAAGAAAACUCUGGAUCUAGUAUUAAUAUUCAGUAUUAAUAAACAAAGAAAAAAAAACGGAAAAAUAAAAAACAAUUGUACGAUACACUUGCUUAUAUUUUCAUAUGAAAGGAAUACAAUGCAAAGCAUUUUUGUGGCUUUUUGUAGUUUCUAUAAGCCAGAAUGUGUUUUUUGAUAGCUUUGCUAAUAAGAGAUGGAUAGUUCGCCCAGAGGGGAAAUGAAAGGACUUUGCAGCCCUAAGCCAUGAAAAACAGACUGAGAUCCAAUGCUUUGCUGAACUGUUUUAUCUUUGUAGAGGUUUGUUUUUAAACGUGUAUUUCUAAUUAUAUAUAAUAAUGGUAAUAUUAAGAUUCUUUAAAAAAAAAAAUCUGUGAAAUUAACAUGCUUGUGUAUAGCUUUCUAAUAUAUAAAUAUAUAUACUAAUGAUUUUUGUUGGUUUCUUAGUGGAGUUUCUAUGUGCAGUUGCACAUGUUGUCUGGUUUGUUUCAUUUGAGCCUGGAACAGUGCUGUUCGGGCGUGUAUUUAGUCUAACCUUAAAAACCAGCUGGAAAGCAUUGCCAGGGUUUGUGUGACGGAGGGAAGACAGGCCUGAAUGCUGAGAACACAACCUGUUAGUGGAAAAUGUCACGAGACUGGAACUGGGGACGACACAGAAAUAAAUGUUGCCACAUGAUGUACAUGAUUGUCACGCUGAUGAGGAAAUAUGACUGACCCUCAAUCCAUGCCUGGAUGCAUUUGAAUGCAUCAGAUAUUUCAUCCUUAACCUUAAUUAUUUAAUUUAAUACACUUAAUCUCAUUUUUUUUGACAUUAGCGACAUUCAGCUCCAUUUCCAAUCACCACAAUCGCAGCUUGUGUUUGAGAUGCUGCACAAGCCCAGAGCCAAUCUAUACGAUUUUUCUAUCGAAUCAUAUUUAUGUAAUAUAAUUUUGUACAUUGUGAUUAAUUACCCCCCCGAUCAUUUGCAAACCUAAUUUGAUUCGUCGUCGUCCUGUGGCUCCUCAUGUUCCAUUCUUCAAAACAGGGUUCCACAUCAUUUACUACAUGUCACACGACAGUUCAGAAGUCAGACACACGAGGAUAAAUUGAUCAUGCUGGUAUGGAAGAAGCACAAUUGUUUAUUUUAAAUAAAUAGCUGUUUUGAUUUUUCUCUUUUUUAAACAAUGAAACUAGCCACAUAUCUCUCUCUCUCUGCCUCCCACUUCCCGUAUCUGCUGUCACUUAAGUGUUAUAAUAUUUCUAUGUGCAUAUUUCAUGCAGGUUCACUAUGUUGUUACUGUAUACAGUCUGUGUAGUAAAACAGGGGCAGAGCCUCUAUAAUGGUGUUCUCUCUUUUUUUUCUUUUUUUUUAAAUUCAAUACAAAAAGGUUGAGAAAAAUAAAAAAUAAACAUGAUGUUUCAGGCAGCAAAGUGUGGAGAAACCAAAGCCAGUGGCAUUUCUGUGUUGUAAACUCAACUUUUAUUUUCACAUUCAUUUAUGGUUUUUGCAAGCAUUGAAACAAGACAAUAAAAGAAUUUGCUCAAAUGUACAAUUGGUUUCACAUUUCAAUUGCAGUCAGUCAAAUGUAGCUUUAGAUGCCAAUAACCACAGUAAUUCACCUGUUGCUCAUUUGUCCCCUCUGUGCAUUGAAAUACCCUUUUUUGUAUUUACAAUUUGUUAUCCGCUCAGGAUCAGGCAUGCUUGCUGUCCACUUGAUCAAAACACACCACACACACUAAUUUUCAUGCUACUUGCUCACUGAUUGAAAUAAUGCCAACAUGUCCUGAUGGUUGAUUCGAGUGCUGUAGUUUUUUGACAAUAAUUUGAACCAAAGACACGGAGAAAACUUUGUCUUUAUAUCUUUGUUUUUGUUUCUUUUUCUUCUUCUUGUGUUUGUUCAAUUUGAAAGGCGUUCUUUUUCAUCACCUGUUGAUCAGUUGUUCUUUUGUCAUUAUUAUAAUAGACUAAAUGUUGGUACCUCAAAAUUGACCCAAGCAGUACCUCAGCUGAUGUGUUGAUAAGUCACUUGCAGUGAAAAAGGGGAGACCAUACACCUGUACAGCCAUGUGUAAUAACCAUGUAAUACCAUUGCUUAAGGUCCCUGCAUUCACAUGGGGGAUUCUUUGUUGCUCCACCGUGUUUGUGGUUUAUUUAAGUUGUAUUCAAAAGCUGAAAAAAAAAAGGAUUUUUAAAAAAAAGAGUAAUAUGUUAAAAUGCUUAAAAAGUCAGUCUGUAGUAUCAAAUGUAGCUUGUAUAAACCUGAGAAAUGGGGGAGGUUUGGAACUAAUGUUUUCUGGAACGCAAGAGCGGCUUUCAGCGGCAUAAGCUGGCCUUUGUCGCCACUUGAGACUAAGAUGGUAUUAAAUUAAAUCCACAUCUCUGUAACUCAAGGGACUUGAUUCAGCUGUAUGUAGUGAAAACGUAUGGGGAUGAAAUAAAAAAAAGUCUCCUCUGCUGGAGGGAAAGGCUAUUUGUAUUUUGCAGAGAUUUCAGUAAAGUUACUGGCUUUCCUAGUUA